ACCAAGGGUCCUCUGCGGCUCUACACGGCUACACCCAUACAUAUAUGUUUAUUUGUGCCUCGUGUCUCCACAUUCACCUGCUUUGAAUCUCCGAGCAGCAGCUGUUCCAAUCUUAAAACAUCUAGAUCAAUUAUUUCUGCCACUAAUGGUCGUCUCUGUUUUGGGCUUAGUUUCUCGAAUUAAAUCGUGUUGAUCUGUUCCUUCAAAGUUUCAGGAUAUGGGCUUGUGGACAUUGGUGGAAGGCCUUCUACUUCGUGCAAAUGCAUUGGCAAUACUGAAUGAGGAACGGUUUCUUGCUCUCAGAGGAUGGGGCUUCUCAGAAGUCUCAGGAGUCAGGACAAAGUCGCUCAAGGGGCAGCUUAUAGGGCUAAUAUAUGCAACCCAGUACUUGAGACUUCCCCUCAUACCUCUCAAUAUUAUCUUUAUCAUUGUAAAACUGGUGUCUGGUUGAGUUUGAACAGGGUGAGAAAAUAAAUGAAUGGUGUCUUUUAUUGGUUUGGUCUCUUGUUGCAAGACUAAGGAAAUUUUGUUUUUUUUUUUGGGUGUCCUAGUAAUGUAAGAGUUUUAAAUGGUCUGGUAGAAUAUAUUGUCUUGGUUUGUUUGGACAAAUUGAUUCUGGAUAGGAACAAGGUAGCUACAAAAGGACUAGAAAGAAAACAAUUUGAUAACUGAAACCCAUCAAAUUCUGUACUUCUACCCCAUAGCCCAUACUAAGACACUGAAGAACACAUCUGAUUCUUGCAUGGUCAAUAUGAAUACCACUUAGCAGAACUUUUCCUCUUUUCUCUUGUCCUAGGUUUUGUACUGCUGAAAGUUUAGAUGGUUUUCUGUAUUCUUCACAAUUCUACCCAACUCAAGACAAACCAAUGGAAGCGAAUCAGUUAGAUGCAAUUUUGUUGCCCAUCCAGUUUUGAGAGAUCUGGUCUGUUACUCAAGACAUAUAUACUCAAUCUAAACGCAAAACUGUAAAUAUGAACUGAGGGGUAUCUAGUGUGUUUCAUUUGUAGAAAUUAUAAAUUUUAUAUGAAGAAAUCAUCUAAUUAUGAGGAUUCUUUAUAUAUGCCUGAUUAUACAUAUAAAAGUGUAUCAUAUCUUGAACUUAGUAUGACCUACGUAUGAAGUUUAAUCUGUCUACCCUUUUAAUAUCAUCUGAUAUCGGACACCACUAUUCAGACAUUUUAUAGAAAUACAACCAUGAAGCUACUAAUGACUACUCUUGGUCUGUUUGCACCCCUAUUGGAAACUAAAAGAAGCAUGCACAUGCAACUUUGCGAGGCACAUUUGGGCAGUAAUGACAUUCAAUCAUGACCUCAAGUUCCAUCAUAGUCUGAUUGAGAUGACAUCAAAUUAAGUGCAUUUGACAAGUGGCAAAAAGAAUCAAAUGAAGUCUUCCAAGAAGAAGAAGCAACGGGAUGAGAUUGUCAUGGUGGGUGUGCAUAUAUGGGGUUGCAGUAACCAUGAAAGAGAUGUUUGGCACAUAGGGAAUGCGCACCCAGAGGCAACGACAACAGGUUGCAGAUCUGAGAGGAGAAUUCCCAAUUGAAAGUGGAGAUUUCUCAGCAGCAUGAAAAGAUUGCUCAACAGGAUGCAGAGAUGAAUGAAAUGAAGUCCCAAAUAGUUCCGGUUAUGCAAUUCAUGACAUCGUUUCAGUCUUCCCAAGGAGAGAUGGAGACGUGCCGGUGAUGUUUCGUAGUUGUACAUAUUGUAGAGUGGACCUGUAGAUAUUGUGGUUGGAACUGUAGUGACGGUUGGAGGAGCAAUGCAAAUGUAAAAGAGCAGUUGGUUAAGGUCUUCUCUCUGAGGAAGCCUUCCCUGUAGGGUUUGACACAUGCUCUAUGAUUUGUGAGUACCACCAUGAUAGCAAUGCACUGUAUUACAGGAUUCUCGAGGAUACUAUGAUAUACACAUUUCCUGGAAGGGGUUGACACAUGCUCUAUGAUUUGUGAGUACCACCAUGAUAGCAAUGCACUGUAUUACAGGAUUCUUGAGGAUACUAUGGUAUACACAUUUCUUAGUAAGAGGAAGCUUCUUUGGUUUUUUUCAAAAUGGAAAAGUUAAGGCCAAGAUGGAAAUGUCACUGAAUUGGUCAGAAUUUUGUACCUUGAAGGCUCUGUUAAGGCCAUAAAUUCGAAUUAUCUGUAAUGGAUGAACUUGUUAACCUAUCUUGAUUGAGUUUGCCUAUUUGAUCACCAAGAAGAUGGUAAAUGCUUGUUGCAACUACUUUUAGCGGUGGUUGAUUAUUUCUAUCUUUCAUCCCCCACCCCACCUCUCCACCCUCCCCACCCACCCCCCCCCCCCAAAAAAAAAAAAUGAAGAAAUUUUUUUUUUCUCGUCAGAUGUUUGCACUCAAGUGUCCUAUUGCUCCCUCAUUUUUAAUGUCUAUGGUGUAUACACAUUAGAAACAUUUACUGGUGCAUUACCAAAAAAAAAAAAGAAACAUUUACUGGUGCUGAACUAUGUGUCUGUUAUGAUGAUACUGCUGCAGCUGGAAGAAGAGGAGUAUUUUAUUGAUGUUCUUAACCCUUGUACAACAAAGAAAACUGCUGACUUGAGGAUUCCAAUAUGCAGAAUCUGAAGCAUGGGAAGAUAAUGCAACUGGAGAUUAAGAGCUAUUUCAGUUUUUCUGUUCCAUUAUUAGAUCUUCAAGGCCUCUCUCUAGUCCUGAACUUGAGUGUAUGAAUGUAGUGGCAUCUGACAUCCUUUUAGAUAUCACAAGAAAAUUGUGACCAGCUCUGAAAAUAUGCCACACAAGGUUUUUCAGAAUCCUGUUUAGUAAAACUUUUGAAUAACAAAAGUUCAGAGAUGAGAACAUUGCAUAAGUUAAUCAUGUUGGUGCAAAACUAGGGGAGAAAUUUCUCAUUGUGUUUCAGACAUUGAGGUUAAAGUCAGUUCACUAUGAAUUGCAGUUCAAUCAAUUCAGACUUAACAAUCUCAUUUGCACUUUCCAAUUGUAAGGUUUUCAGUUCUGUGUGAUUUGACCAAUGACCAAAAUAAUUUAGUUGUGUGUGAUACAUGAUCCCCAGAGUCUUUUAUGGGCCUAAAACUCCCUAUUAUUGACUAUGGGUUUCUCAAAUCUUCAACAAGGAACCACAUUUAGGCUGUGUUUCUUAUGCUAUAUAUCUUACUGAAAUGAAUGAUAUACAGGUUAAGAGUUCUUAUUUUGUACUAGUUGAACAUGACUUAAAAACAACUGAUUCAACUGAUAAGAAGAUGGACAUUAUGAUCAUGAAGGAAGAUACUGAUGUUUUGUACAUAAACAAGAAAAAUGCAUUUUAAACAUUUUCUUGUCAUAGAAAAGAAAAAAAAAAAAAAAAUCAUUCUAAGCAUUCAAGCCAUUUAUUGGUUUUAUUUUGUUUAGGGACUUCAGAGAAUUUUAGAAUCUUCAAAUGCAGUCUCAUAAUCCAAGCCCAUAAGUUUUCCUUUGCCAUUGUGGGAGGCAUGAAAUGGAUCCCAUUCUUGGAAUUUCUAUAUAGAUUAUCUUUGGAAGUUCGAGGAAACCUUUGACAUUUCAAUAUUCCAGUCAAGUUCAACUAGUAGGUACAAUCUGAGAUUCUGUCAUAAGUUUGAAAUCUUGAAGUGUAGUAUUAAAAAAAAAAUCAAAAUUUCAUAAUAGAUUAGAAACAUUAAAUUCUGAAAACCUUGACAAACUUUCAAGAAAUUGCUUAAUCCGCGACACUGCUGUUAGAGAGAUUAUGUUCGCAUGUGCUUUGUUGCUGUUCAUGUUACUUUUCCUUUGCAAAAGCAUGUCAGGUUAUACAGGACUCCACUUCUAACAUCUGCAAAUAAUCAAACCUUGGAGCAGAUUCUCUUGUCCAAUAUACAGUUGUUUGGUGCAAAAGAUGCCUUGGAUACAGAAAGCAAUGGCCUCCAGAUGUACAGGAAAACCGCUGAGGGCUGUGGUGUCCUGCCAGAUUCAUCAACAGACUCAAGCAGCAGAACAGAUGGUAGUUUUAAAUUCUUUCUUACCAUUGGCAUCCUUUUAGAGGGACCUACCAAACUUUAUGCAUGAAAUUCUCAUGUAUAACUUCUCUUUGCCUUUUGGAUGGCUGCGUAUCAUGUAACUCUACAAACACACUAGUUGAAGAUGCACCAGAGGGGGAAGCAGUCAAUGAACCCCAGGAGGUCCCUCACCAUGAGCCUGAACUGAUUCAUGCUCAAUCUGGGUGGAUUUGGCACACUUGGUGGCAAGCAAGUGGUUAGACAAGGCUGUUAAAGGGAGUGGAGAUCCAUUGGAGGAGUUCUAGAAAACAAACCCAGCUGAUGAGGAGUGCAAAGUUUAUGAAGCUUCAUUGUCUAUGCAUUUUGAUUAUAUAUGAUAGUGUAAUAUUAAAAGUGUAAUUAAAACAAUGGCUUCUUAUGAUUGUAGCAUUUUUUUAAAGUGAAAUGAAAGCAAUGCAUUCUUAUAUGGA